AUGGGCAUCAAGGAUCUUCUCAGAUUCAUGAAGCCUUACAUUCUUCCCAUUCACAUCCAGAAAUACGCCGGGAAACGGGUGGGAAUCGAUGCAUAUUCAUGGCUACACAAAGGAGCAUACUCAUGUAGUAUGGAGCUGUGUUUAGACACUGAUGGGAAGAAGAAGCUGAGGUACAUUGAUUACUUCAUGCACAGAAUCAACCUUCUCCAACACUAUGAGAUUAUCCCAAUUGUUGUCCUCGACGGUGGUCAUAUGCCCUGCAAGGCUGCCACUGGAGAUGAACGUCACAGGCAACGAAAAGCAAACUUUGAUGCUGCAAUGGUGAAGCUUAAAGAAGGGAAUGUCGGAGCAGCUACUGAGCUUUUUCAGAGAGCAGUUAGCGUAACAUCAUCCAUGGCUCAUCAACUGAUUCAGGUUCUUAAAUCAGAAAACGUCGAAUUUAUUGUAGCUCCAUAUGAGGCUGAUGCUCAGCUAGCAUACCUAUCCAGCCUCGAACUGGAACAAGGUGGGAUUGCUGCUGUUAUAACCGAGGACAGCGAUUUACUUGCAUAUGGCUGUAAAGCUGUUAUCUUUAAGAUGGACCGGUAUGGUAAAGGAGAGGAACUGGUUCUGGAUAAUGUUUUUCAAGCCGUCGAUCAAAAGCCUUCUUUCCACAAUUUUGAUCAAGAGCUAUUCACUGCAAUGUGUGUAUUAGCCGGAUGUGAUUUUCUCCCCUCAGUUCCUGGUGUUGGCAUUUCGAGAGCUCAUGCAUUCAUCUCCAAGUACCAGAGUGUAGAACGCGUUUUAUCAUUUCUCAAGACCAAAAAGGGAAACCUAGUUCCCGAUGAUUACUCCAGCUCUUUUAUGGAAGCAGUUUCAGUUUUCCAGCAUGCUCGAGUAUAUGACUUUGAUGCUAAGAAGCUCAAGUACUUGAAACCCCUCUCUCAGAACCUCCUGGAUUUACCAGCUGAACAACUUGAGUUCCUAGGACCAGAUCUGGCUCCAUCUGUGGCUGCUGCAGUUGCUGAAGGGAAUGUUGAUCCCAUAACCAUGGAGGCUUUUAACCGCUUCUCUGAUUCUAGGAGACAGUUGAAGACGCCUGUUCGAUCAUUCAAGGAACAGGAAAAGAAAAGCUCAUUUUUGGUAUGUUCUUCGUCCGAAAGUGAGGAAAGAAUAGAGCUCAAAAGGACUGCCGAUGAAGCUAUGAUCGGUCCAGAAACUGAUCUGAAGGAGCCAAAGUACUCCAAACAAGAUUCAGAUCUACACAAACUAGUUUUGCAGCCUAACAAGGAUCAGAUGGUUAUCCGGACCAGCAAUCCCUCACUGAUUCCGGAUAACAACCCGUUCAAGAUAAGAAAAACCGAUGAAGUCGAUAUGGAAUUCGCAGAGUACGGUAUGCAAGAACUCGAGGUUUCCUUUGGGACAAGAAGCGAAGCAAUAGAUGUUUCUUCUUCGCCAGACUCUAACGAACUUGAUGGUUCAAAGGAUGAUAAAGAGGUUACAGUCGAUUUGUCCAAGCUUGAUGAUUCCGGAAUCAAACAAGACUCUGGGGAGAACAGAGUGAAGGACAGAACUGAAUCCACAGAAGAAGAUAUAGUUGAAAUUCACGGUCAUGUGAACAUUACGACAAAGAGAGUGCGUGGAACAAAACCUAGAGCCGAGAGUUUCAAAGUGAAGUCAAGCUGUAGAGGUUCAGAGAACAAGAAGGCUAAGAACAAUAAGAAAAGUAGUAUAUUAGAUUUCUUUCAUCGAUUGUAG